AUGGGGACGGAGGGCCAGGCAGGGGUGGAGAUCGCGGAGCCGCUGUUGUCGGCGGGGGCGGGGCCACGGGGGGGGGCGGCGGAGGAGGGGGUGAAGGUGCAGCCAUGGAGGGAGCAGAUCUCGGUGAGGGGGCUUGUUGUGAGCGCCAUGCUGGGGACGCUCUUCUGUAUAAUAUCGCACAAGCUGAACCUGACGGUGGGGGUGAUCCCGUCCCUCAACGUGGCCGCGGGGCUGCUGGGGUUCUUCUUCGUCAAGAGCUGGAUGGGAUUCCUCUCCAAGCUGGGCGUCUGGACCGUCCCGUUCACGCCGCAGGAGAACACCGUCAUCCAGACCUGCGUCGUGGCCUGCUACGGGAUCGCCUUCAGCGGUAAUUCCAAUCUCUUCCCGCUUCGAUGUUCUCCCUUGUGAAAAUCCGCUUGGAGAAGCAAAGAAUCAGACGCCGGUGAUGGAUUCAUUUGACUGUCUUGACCAUUCAGGUGGCUUUGGGUCGUACAUAAUUGCCAUGGACCAGAAGACGUAUGAACUCAUCGGCGCCAAUUAUCCGGGCAACAGGGCGGAAGACGUCAAGAAUCCAUCGCUGGGUUGGAUGAUAGGGUUCAUGUUCGUCGUCAGUUUUCUAGGAAUUUUCAGCCUCGUUCCUCUCCGCAAGGUGCUCUAUCCUCAGCGAUUCAUCUGCCUGGAUACUGGUCUCAAUACUCCUUUUUUUUUUUCCCACUGCAAAUACCCUUUUUCGCUUCAAUCAACUAAAAUAUCAAUGAGGUAAAUUUUGCCCCUUUCAUUGCUCAUAGAAAUCAUACCCUCUGGAAAUCUGAUGAACCCUAAGAAAAUAAUAUUAAAUCAGGAAACAUUAUGAUUAUUGUAAGAACCAUGGUGAAAUAUUGAAAGUAACGAAAAGGAUGGAACAAUGAGAGUGUAGCCAAUAACUGAGGGAAUGAAGGACCAGUUUAUGAACGGUGGAAAGCAAUCCUAGUAUUAUUUUUUCUUAAAUGCUUAUACGUUUUUUUCCUUCUUUUUCUUCUCCAGGUAAUGGUCAUUGACUAUAAACUUACAUACCCCAGUGGGACAGCUACUGCAAUGCUGAUCAAUAGUUUUCAUACGAAUACAGGAGCAGAACUUGCAGGGUAAUGGUACACUUGGAGAACUCCCACUGCCUCAUGCUAUUACUUCAUUCAGAAGAAGAAAAAAAAUGAUAUAAUAUAGUUUCUGAGGAUCCAUUACUGACCUUUUUUUUUCUGCGGGUGCAUUAUCUUGAAAGUUCUUGAAAAUUAUAGUCCGUGCCUUUCCAGUCUAGAAAAUUAAGUGUGCGUGGAUCAGGCAAAUACGAUGAGCUGAAUAGAAAAAAGAAAAAAGCUAAUAAGAAGGAUUGGGCAUUAUAAAUCGGAACACUUGUGUUGACCUAUGGGUAGGAAUAAACUGCUAGAAGAUUAUAAAAAAACCAAAAAAUAAGAAACUAGAAAACGAGUCGGAAUAUCUACAUUAUUAAAUGAACAGAUAUGAUAAUUGUGAUUCACAAUUAAUCAACAGGAUAGCUCAAGAACCAGAAUCAUUCAGCCAACAACCCUUGAAAGAUUAAGGACUCCGUGACUUCCUUAAUCAGAUCAGCAACUGGAACGGAGGGAUGAAAUUGACCGACCAUCCAAUAGAAUUAUAAUCUGAAACAAUAUCUCUGAGGUUAUUAUCAGGAAACAUGAAGUAAAAAAAAAGCAAACAUCAAAUGAUCUUCUGAGGACUUUGUCAAAAUUCUCUCCUUUCUAUGCUAUGUCACAUGUUGCAACUCUCCUGAAUGGGCAAUUGUAGUGCUAAAAUCGUAUCAUUAAUGGGCCCUGCUCUGCUACUUACAGGAAGCAAGUCCACUGCCUCGGGAAGUACCUGAGCAUAAGCUUCUUCUGGAGCUGUUUCAAAUGGUUUUUCAGCGGAAUUGGGGAUUCGUGUGGUUUUGAUAAUUUCCCAACCCUUGGGCUCGCAGCUUACAAGAACACGUAACCCUCUCCGACCUCUGAUCUUCCUUUCUGUUCCAUUUCUUAUUUGAUAAGCACCUGUAUCGAAGUGAUCCUUUAUACCUCACUACAUGCAUGAAAGCAAGCAUUCUGUUGGUAGGGUUUGCACAGAAUAUGGAUGAUAAAUGCAUGUUACCCGUUAUUUAAACACUGGAGGUUUUCAUAAUAUCUUCUGGAAAACAUAGUUCAUUCAUUUGAGAAUACGGUGAAUUGAUUUCUUGUUAUCUGUACAGACAUGGCCUUUUUGUUUACUUGCCCAAUGCUUAUAAUGUCUAGUCAGGUCGACAAUGAAGCUCAAAAUAGGCAUUAUCCACCAAAAAAAGUAACCAUGUGCCAUCAUGUCACCAUAGAAUCCAGAAAUAAAUAGAUGAAUGCUGUCGAGUACUUCACCUCUGUGAUUGUUCCAUGCGCAGGUUUUACUUUGACUUCAGUCCCACUUACGUCGGCUGCGGCCUUAUCUGCCCUCAUAUCGUGAACUGUUCGGUCCUCCUUGGAGCCAUUAUUUCCUGGGGCAUCCUUUGGCCAUUCAUCGCAGAGCGUGCAGGGGAUUGGUAUCCUGCUGGCCUGGGGAGCAAUGAUUUUAAAGGCCUCUAUGGGUACAAGGUAAAAUGGCCUAAAAACCUCUUGAUGACGAAUUUUCAUAAAUCUCUUGCACAGCACUGAAUCUCUGAUCAUCUGCAGGUCUUCAUCGCCAUAUCCCUCAUACUUGGAGAUGGGUUGUACAAUCUGAUAAAGAUAGUGACGGUCACCGGAAGGGAGAUCUUCAACGCUCAGACAAAGCGGCCCGGCCUUCCCCUCGUGGGCACCUCCCAGGGUAAAAUUCUCAAGUUGCAGACCACAGAAGUAUGCUGUGAUCGAUACGUAUCCUGAAAUCCCGGCGAAUCUUCGAUCUAGCCAUCAGCGUACUGCAAAAGGAAAAUAACCAAAAAUAAAAUAAAAUCUAUCUCUACGGGAGUUGAUCUGAUCUUCAACUUGCAGGAGACGAGGCGUCCGAGGCCUUGGUGGAGGAGAGGCUGCGGAACGAGACGUUUGUCAGAGACGGCAUCCCUUCCUGGUUCGCCGCCUCAGGGUACGUCGCCCUCGCCGCCGUAUCCACUGCCACCGUGCCGAUGAUCUUUCCGCAGGUCCCAUGGUACCUGGUUCUCGGCUGCUACCUGGUCGCCCCCGCCCUCGCCUUCUGCAACUCUUACGGCACCGGCCUCACGGACUGGAGCCUGGCCUCCACCUACGGCAAGAUCAUGCUCUUUGCCUUCGCCUCGCUGGUCGGCUCCGACGGCGGCGUCGUCGCUGGCCUCGCUGCCUGCGGCGUCAUGAUGUCCAUCGUCUCCACCGCCGCCGAUCUGAUGCAGGACUUCAAGACGGGCUACCUGACGCUCUCCUCGCCGAGAUCCAUGUUCGUGUCGCAGCUGAUCGGCACGGCCAUGGGCUGCGUGAUCGCGCCGCUCACCUUCUGGAUGUACUGGACGGCGUUCGACAUCGGCGCCGCCGACGGCGCCUACAAGGCCCCCUACGCCGUGAUCUAUCGGGAGAUGGCGAUCCUGGGGGUGGAGGGCUUCUCCGCGCUGCCGAAGCACUGCCUGACCAUCUGCUGCGGCUUCUUCGCGGCGGCGCUGCUCGUCAACCUCCUGCGGGACGUCGCUCCGGUGAGGAUCUCCAAGUUCAUCCCCAUCCCGAUGGCCAUGGCGGUCCCCUUCUACAUCGGCGCCUACUUCGCUAUCGACAUGUUCGUCGGCACCGUCAUCCUCUUCGUCUGGGAGCGGAUCAACCGGAAGAGCGCGGAGGACUUCGCCGGCGCCGUGGCCUCCGGUCUGAUCUGCGGGGACGGCAUAUGGACCGUGCCCUCCGCCAUCCUCUCCAUCUUCAAGAUCAACCCGCCGAUCUGUAUGAGCUUCCAGCCAUCGACUGCGCGCUGA